CUCACGAUGGCGCUGUGGGGCCUGGCUGAGGUUUCCAGGGGAAGGGUCCUUGGGCAAUCCAGGCUCUCUGGCUGUGUGACCCCUCUAAGCUAGCGACUUGGACUACGUGCAACAGACCAGGUAUCUCUGGACUUCAGUUUCUCAGGAGAGGCGUCCAUGAGGAGGUCACGCAUACAAAGCAUUUAGCACAGUGGCAGAUACGAGCCAGUGGGCCUGGAGAAUGAUUUACCAGCGUUGGGGAGGCCUGGCUUCCAGAAAACUAGCUCUGGGGUGUCUGAGAUCAGUGAGGUCCCUGGUGCAAUCUAGGGCCAUCAGAAGGGACUGCAAAGACCCAAGGGCAGAGGUAAAGGGAGAAAAUGGGUCGUGGCUCCAGCCUGACCGAUACUGAACCUCCGGAUUAAUUCAGUUGUCUAUAGCUGGGGGGAUGGGGAGGACAGGGGAGUCCUAAGGUGGGAGGGUACAGGUUUGUCAUUGCCACAGAGAGUGCGUGUGGUGAAGGAAUUUAAUUUAAGAUCAGGCCCGGGCUUCUGAGAAUCUGGCCCUGGGAAGCAACGUAAAUACAAGAAAAUCCCUGUGGCCAGGGACUUUGAUCCAAGUGUUUCGAAUCAGGCCCGGGGUCGGGAUCACAGCUAAGCGGUUUACCAACCGUGGACCUGUGCAGGAUACCAUAGAUGUGAGGGGUGGAGACGGCCGCAAGCAGGAGGCCAGAACCAGAAGGAAACGGAAUUUGGGUGGGGGUGGGGAGCUAGGACCAGUCCCCCCGCGAGGGCGUCUUGGGGAUGUGGAACUCGCCCACCCAGAGGAGGUGGCUCUCCCGGGGCGGGCCCCGGAUCCUAGGGGCGCGGGGCUGGCCCCGCUCCCCGCCGGCCUCGCGGCAGCUGGGCUGCCCCCUGGCCGCACGCAGCCCUCCCAGCUCCCCCGCCCGCCCUCGCUCCCGCUGGGCCCCGCAGCCGGAGGAGGGGCGGCCUCCCGCCCCCGCCCGCUGGAUCUCAGAGUCGCCGCCCCCGGCGCCGGGCUGCAGCCGCCACGCCCCGGGAGAGGACCGACCGCCCAGACCGCCGGUGCCGGGGCUCCCUGGGCCACACCGAUCACUGGGAGCCCCCCGACUGCCUCCCAGAGCAAAGUGGGAAAGGGAAGCUUAGCCCGCAGCUGCCGCCUCCGAGCAGCACGCCAGGACUCCGGCUGCUGGAGAUGGGCGCCCGGCUCUCGCGGCGACGGCUGCCGGCGGACCCGUCCCUGGCCCUGGACGCUCUGCCCCCGGAGCUGCUGGUGCAGGUGCUGAGCCAUGUGCCGCCACGCGCCUUGGUCACGCGAUGCCGCCCAGUGUGCCGCGCCUGGCGCGACAUAGUGGACGGGCCCACCGUGUGGCUGCUGCAGCUGGCCCGCGACCGCAGCGCCGAGGGCCGCGCACUCUAUGCAGUGGCCCAACGCUGCCUGCCCAGCAACGAAGACAAGGAGGAGUUUCCGCUGUGCGCCCUGGCGCGCUACUGUCUGCGCGCGCCCUUAGGCCGCAAUCUCAUCUUCAACUCCUGCGGAGAGCAGGGCUUCAGAGGCUGGGAGGUGGAGCAUGGCGGGAACGGCUGGGCCAUAGAAAAGAACCUAACACCGGUGCCUGGGGCUGCUUCGCAGACCUGCUUUGUGACAUCUUUUGAAUGGUGCUCCAAGAGGCAGCUUGUGGACCUGGUGAUGGAAGGGGUGUGGCAGGAGCUGCUGGACAGCGCCCAGAUUGAGAUCUGUGUGGCUGACUGGUGGGGCGCUCGGGAGAACUGCGGCUGCGUCUACCAGCUCCGGGUCCGCCUUCUGGACGUGUAUGAAAAGGAAGUGGUCAAGUUCUCAGCCUCACCUGACCCGGUCCUUCAGUGGACUGAGAGGGGCUGCCGACAGGUCUCCCACGUCUUCACCAACUUUGGCAAGGGCAUCCGCUACGUAUCUUUUGAGCAGUACGGGAGAGACGUGAGUUCCUGGGUGGGGCACUAUGGCGCCCUUGUGACCCACUCCAGCGUGAGGGUCAGGAUCCGUCUGUCCUAGCGACUGGACUACUGCCUGACGUUGUCAAGUCAAGACCAGCCUUGCAGCGGGUGCGGUGGCUCACACCUGUGGAAUCCCAGCACUUCAGGAGGCCGAGGUAGGAGGAUCACUGGAGCUCGGGAGUUCAAGACCAGCCUGGGCAACAUAGUGAGACCCUGUCUCCACAAAUAAUUUUUAAAAAAUUAGCCAGGCAUGGUGGUGCCGCCUGUAGUGCCAGCUACUCAGGAGGCUUGGGUGGGAGGAUUGCCUGAGACCAGGAGGUCGAGGCUGCAGUGAGCUGUGAUUUCACCACUGCACUCCAGCCUGGGUGAGAAAGCAAGACCCUGUAUCAA